AUGGGGUCCCUGAAGAUGAGCAGCUCCUUCAAGCGGGGAUCGCUCAAGAGCGCCACGUCAGGGACAUCGGGGUCCCAGAAGAGUCAGAAACCUUGGAUAGAGAAGACCUUUUGCAAGCGAGAAUGUAUCUUUUUAAUUCCCAGCACUAAAGACCCUAACAGAUGCUGCUGUGGUCAGUUCACCAACCAGCACAUUCCCCCGCUGGCGAGUGUAACGGCCAGCAAAAAUGAAGAGAACGAGCAGGUGGAGACUCAGCCAGAAAAAUGGACUGCCGGCAAACACACCCAAAGCUGCCCGACAGAUUCAUACGGGGUGCUUGAGUUCCAGGGUGGUGGAUACUCCAAUAAAGCCAUGUAUAUCCGCGUGUCCUACGACACCACGCCAGAUUUACUGCUACAUCUCAUGGUGAAAGAGUGGCAGCUGGAACUCCCAAAACUCUUAAUAUCUGUGCACGGAGGCCUCCAGAACUUUGAAAUGCAGCCCAAGCUGAAACAGGUCUUUGGGAAAGGCCUGAUCAAAGCUGCCAUGACCACUGGAGCCUGGAUCUUCACGGGGGGUGUCAGUACUGGUGUCAUCAGUCACGUAGGGGACGCCUUGAAAGACCACUCCUCCAAGUCCAGAGGCCGGGUUUGUGCUAUAGGAAUUGCUCCCUGGGGCAUUGUGGAGAAUAAGGAAGACCUGAUUGGAAAGGACGUAACGAGAGUUUAUCAGACCAUGUCCAACCCUCUCAGUAAGCUCUCUGUGCUCAACAACUCCCACACUCACUUCAUCCUGGCCGACAAUGGUACUCUGGGCAAGUACGGUGCCGAGGUGACGUUGCGGAGGCAGCUGGAGAAGCACGUGUCUCUGCAGAAGAUCAAUACAAGGCUGGGGCAGGGAGUGCCCACGGUGGGCCUGGUGGUGGAAGGGGGCCCCAACGUGGUGUCAGUCGUGCUGGAGUACCUCCGGGAAGAGCCACCUGUGCCUGUGGUGGUUUGUGACGGCAGCGGACGAGCCUCGGACAUCCUGUCGUUGGCACACAAGUACAGCGAAGGAGGAGGGGUCAUAAAUGAGUCCCUCAAGGAUCAGCUUCUAGUUACCAUUCAGAAAACGUUUAAUUACAACAAGACACAAUCACAUCAGCUGUUUGCAAUUAUAAUGGAGUGCAUGAAAAAGAAAGAACUCGUGACCGUGUUUAGCAUGGGUGCUGCAGGUCAGCAGGACAUGGAGAUGGCCAUCUUAAGCGCCCUGUUGAAAGGAACGAACGCCUCGGCACCAGACCAGCUGAGCUUGGCGCUGGCGUGGAACCGUGUGGACAUCGCACGCAACCAGAUCUUUGUCUUUGGGCCCCACUGGCCGCCCCUGGGCAGCCUGGCACUCCCCACAGACAGCCAGGUCACAGAGAAGGAGAAGAAGCCCCCCACAGCAACCACCAAGGGAGGAAGAGGCAAAGGAAAAGGCAAGAAGAAAGGGAAAGGGAGAGAGGAGGUAGAGGAAGAAACUGACCCUCGGAAGAUCGAGUUGCUGAACUGGGUGAAUGCCCUGGAGCAAGCCAUGCUGGAUGCUUUAGUCUUGGAUCGCGUUGACUUUGUGAAGCUCCUGAUUGAAAAUGGGGUGAACAUGCAACACUUUCUUACCAUCCCUCGACUGGAAGAGCUUUAUAACACGAGACUGGGUCCACCGAGCACACUUCAUCUGCUGGUGAGGGAUGUAAAAAAGAGCAACCUUCCGCCCGAUUACCACAUCAGCCUCAUCGACAUAGGGCUUGUGCUGGAGUACCUCAUGGGAGGCGCCUACCGCUGCAGCUACACUCGGAAGAGCUUCCGGACCCUUUACAACAACUUGUUUGGACCCAAGAGGCCUAAAGUUCUUAAACUUCUGGGAAUGGAAGAUGAUGAGCCUCCAGCGAAAGGGAAGAAAAAGAAAAAGAAGAAAAAGGAGGAAGAAGUGGACAUCGACGUGGAUGAUCCCGCUGUGAGCCGUUUCCGGCACCCCUUCCAUGAGCUGCUGCUGUGGGCGGUGCUGAUGAAACGCCAAAAGAUGGCGGUCUUCCUCUGGCAGCGGGGAGAGGAGAGCAUGGCCAAGGCCCUGGUGGCCUGUAAGCUCUACAAGGCCAUGGCCCACGAGUCCUCUGAGAGUGAGCUGGUGGACGACAUCUCCCAGGACCUGGACAACAAUUCAAAAGACUUUGGCCAGCUGGCUGUGGAACUGUUAGACCAGUCCUACAAGCACGAUGAGCAGAUCGCCAUGAAACUGCUGACCUAUGAGCUGAAAAACUGGAGCAACUCCACCUGCCUCAAGCUGGCUGUUGCCGCUAAACACCGGGACUUCAUUGCUCACACCUGCAGCCAGAUGCUGCUGACUGACAUGUGGAUGGGAAGACUUAGAAUGAGGAAGAAUCCUGGCCUGAAGGUUAUAAUGGGAAUUCUUAUCCCUCCCACCAUCUUGUUCUUGGAAUUUCGACCUUAUGAUGACUUCUCGUAUCAAACAUCCAAGGAAAACGAGGACGGCAAAGAAAGAGAAGACGAGAAUGUGGAUGCAAAUGCAGAUGCUGGCUCAAGAAAGGGGGAUGAGGAGAAUGAACACAAGAAGCAAAAAAGCAUCCCCAUUGGAACAAAGAUCUGUGAAUUUUAUAACGCUCCCAUUGUCAAGUUCUGGUUUUACACGAUAUCAUACUUGGGGUACCUGCUGCUCUUCAACUACAUCAUCCUGGUGCGGAUGGACCGCUGGCCAUGUUUCCAGGAGUGGAUUGUCAUCUCCUACAUCCUGAGUCUGGCCUUAGAGAAAGUCCGAGAGAUCCUCAUGUCAGAACCAGGCAAACUCAGCCAGAAAAUCAAAGUCUGGCUUCAGGAGUACUGGAACAUCACAGACCUGGUGGCCAUUGCCACCUUCAUGAUUGGGGCCAUCCUACGACUGCAGAAGCAGCCGUACAUGGGCUAUGGCCGAGUGAUCUACUGCCUGGAUAUCAUCUUCUGGUACAUCCGUGUCCUGGACAUCUUUGGUGUCAACAAGUACCUGGGGCCCUAUGUGAUGAUGAUCGGGAAGAUGAUGAUUGACAUGCUGUACUUCGUGGUCAUCAUGCUGGUGGUGCUGAUGAGCUUUGGAGUAGCCCGUCAAGCCAUUUUGCACCCCGAUGAGGAACCUUCUUGGAAACUGGCCAGAAACAUCUUCUACAUGCCCUACUGGAUGAUCUACGGAGAGGUGUUUGCAGACCAGAUAGACCUCUACGCCAUGGAAAUUAAUCCUCCUUGUGGUGACAAUCUGUUUGAUGAGGAAGGCAAGCGGCUGCCCCCCUGCAUCCCUGGGGCCUGGCUCACACCCGCCAUCAUGGCAUGCUACCUCCUCGUAGCCAACAUCCUGCUGGUGAACCUGCUCAUCGCCGUUUUCAACAAUACUUUCUUUGAAGUCAAAUCCAUCUCCAACCAAGUGUGGAAAUUCCAGCGAUAUCAGCUGAUUAUGACAUUCCAUGACCGGCCGGUCCUACCUCCGCCAAUGAUCAUUUUAAGCCACAUCUAUAUAAUCUUUAUGCGCCUCAGAGGUCGCUGUAGGAAGAGAAAAGAAGGGGACCAAGAUGAGCCGGACCGUGGACUGAAGCUGUUUCUCAGCGAUGAGGAGCUGAAGAGGUUGCAUGAGUUCGAGGAGCAGUGUGUGCAGGAGCACUUCCAGGAAAAGGAGGACGAGCAGCAGUCGUCCAGCGAGGAGCGAAUCCGCGUCACUUGUGAGAGGGUUGAAAACAUGUCAAUGAGGUUGGAAGAGAUCAACGAAAGAGAAAAUUCUACGAAAACGUCUCUGCAGAGUAUGGACCUUCGACUUUCUCAGCUGGAAGAAUUAUCUAGCAGAAUGGUGAAUGCUCUGGAAACCCUCGCCAGCGUUGACAAGGCCGAUCUGACGCAGACACCGUCACAAGCUUCUUCUGAAUGUGAUGCAACUUUUCUUCUAAGGCAAGGCAGUAUCAGCAGUGCCAAUGGCUACAGCCUGUACAGGUAUCGAUUUAACGGGGAGGAGUUGCUACAUGAAGAUAGUUCUCUCUCCAUGUCUCCACAGGCAGGACUCAGGAGAAAAGCCUGUUCCUUACAUCUGAAGGAAGAGAACGAUUUGAAAAUACCUCUGGAAGCCGGCUGUCAGGACAGCCUUUGCCUUUUACCCAGCUCAAGCAUGCCAGCAACACCAGACUGCUGCCAGCUUGCAUCAGACAACGACAAGAUCACAUCAGAGCUGAAAACAGGUCCAGAUAUUGGGAUUUCAGAUGAAGAUGGCAAAAAGCAGGCAGACUCCAAAAACAAAGAAACGCUGCCCACAAGUUUAAGUCCAACAGAUGUUAUGCAUGGACAGAACAAAUCAGAUUUUCAAAGCACACAGUUAACAGUGGAAACAGCAAAGAUAGAAGGCACUAUCUCCUGUCCCCUGCAAGAAACAAACAUGAUGUGCUAUUACCCCGAUGAAGCAGUUAACGUUUGUAAAACGAUGAAGUCCAGAAGUUUCGUAUAUUCUCGUAGAAGAAAGCUGAUGAGUGAGGUUAACAAGUGGAGCGCAGAGGCCUGUUCAGUCACGAGCCAAGCAUGUCCCUCUGCAGUUGAACAGUGGACAACAAAAUGGAAAUACCAAGUUCAAAAGAUCACACGCUCUCACAGUACUGAGAUCCCUUCUUUUGUGUCGGAAGCUGUCAUGCAAGCUGAGCAUGAAUUCACAGAUCUCGAAGAUGAUGACUGUGUUUCUGAAACAGUCCCUCUGGCUACUCACCUAAGUCUAGCUGCUGCUGACACAACUGGAAAAGAGAACUUACUGUCUGUGAAACCAGAACAAAUUUUGAGAUUCCCAACUUUAAGGUCAAAAAGUUUACAUGGCCCUCGUAGGCAUGCUAAAGCUGUCCAGGGCAGACUAGACAGCUCUGGACAGCCAGCAAUAUAA